GAUUUCUCGUGGCAAAGCUGAGAAGCCACCAUUUAGCUCAGUUGCAAUAGAAGGGAACUUUCGUUUUCCUUUCUUAAGCGCAAGAGCUCAAGGGUGCACAGCAAUUGCCACCUUUUUUUGCCCUGUGAGGGUGGUCACCACUUUUUUCUUGGAUUCUCACUUCUGGGUACUAGGAAUUUUCACUUGUUUGGGGACCGCUGGUUUAUGAUCUUGGCGCUUUAGCUUUCUUUGCAGAUCCCAUUCGUGAACUUCUAGUAGGGAGUAAUCUGUGAUGGAAUUUUGUGCAACUUUGAAAUCUUCUGCUCACUUGCCAAGAGAGACUGAGUUUUUUGGGGGGAGGAUCAGAGGCAGUGUAAACAACAAUGUCUUGGUCAGUCAGUCCAGGAAAAGUUUGAGACUUGAUGGAAAUAAGAGGAAGAUCAAGCCUGGGGUUGCUUUUUCUGUUCUCACAAGAGAAAAUGGAACAGAGACUUUGACUGUAGAAGCACCGAUUUUGGAGAGGCGUCGGGCAAACCCUAAGAAUGUGGCUGCGAUCAUACUGGGAGGGGGUGCAGGGACACAACUAUUCCCUCUCACCAACCGAGCUGCAACCCCUGCUGUUCCACUUGGAGGAUGCUAUAGGUUGAUAGACAUUCCAAUGAGCAACUGCAUCAACAGCGGGGUUAACAAGAUCUUUGUGCUCACCCAGUUCAAUUCUGCUUCUCUUAACCGUCACAUUUCCCGUACCUACUUUGGCAAUGGUGUGAGCUUCGGAGAUGGAUUUGUUGAGGUGCUGGCUGCAACCCAAACACAAGGGGAAACGGGGAUGAAGUGGUUUCAGGGAACUGCGGAUGCUGUUAGACAGUUUACGUGGGUUUUUGAGGACGCGAAGAACAAGGACAUUGAUAAUAUAGUUAUUCUGUCGGGAGAUCAACUUUAUCGAAUGGAUUACAUGGACUUAGUGCAGAAUCACAUCGAACGCAAUUCUGAUAUUACUCUUUCAUGUGCCACAGUUGGGGAUAGCCGAGCAUCGGACUUUGGGCUGGUGAAAAUUGACCGUAGAGGCCGAGUUGUCCAGUUUUGCGAGAAACCUAAAGGCACUGAUCUAAAAGCAAUGCAAGUAGAUACUACUCUCUUGGGAUUGCCCCCGCAAGAUGCCCGAUUAAAUCCUUAUAUUGCUUCGAUGGGGGUUUAUGUCUUUAAGACAGAUGUCCUUUUGCGGCUCCUGAGGUGGAGAUAUCCCACAUCCAACGACUUUGGAUCCGAGAUUCUUCCCGCUGCUGUGAUGGAGCACAAUGUUCAAGCUUACAUUUUCAGAGACUACUGGGAGGACAUCGGGACAAUAAAAUCUUUCUACGACGCUAACUUGGCCCUAACUGAAGAGUUCCCGAAGUUUGAGUUCUAUGAUCCAAAGACGCCUUUCUACACGUCCCCCAGAUUCCUCCCGCCAACCAAAAUCGAUAACUGCAAGAUCAAGGAUGCAAUAAUCUCCCACGGGUGUUUCUUACGAGAGUGCACUGUGGAACACUCCAUCAUUGGUGAAAGGUCACGGCUAGAUUGCGGUGUUGAACUUAAGGAUACUUUAAUGAUGGGAGCAGAUAACUAUGAAACAGAAUCUGAAAUUGCCUCGCUUCUGGCAGAUGGAAAAGUCCCGAUUGGGGUUGGAGAAAACACAAAAAUUAGGAAUGCUAUCAUCGACAAGAAUGUAAGGAUUGGGAAAGACGUUGUCAUCACGAAUAAAGAUGGUGUUCAAGAAUCAGACCGCCCCGAUGAAGGCUUCUACAUCAGAUCAGGGAUUACUAUUAUAAUGGAGAAAGCAACCAUUCGUGAUGGAACCGUCAUAUAGUAUCAACGGAGCAGGCACCGGUGGGAUCACAGGAGAAUGGUUCAUGGGACGUUAUGUUUCGGUCUAGGAUGAUCGCGGUUUUGAAGAAACAAAAGUGGCAGCCAAGAUGUUUUGUUGAAGUUUACCUGGACUUGUGAAAAGAGGAAGCAGAGGGAAUAUGAAUAAAACUGAGGGAUGCAUCCAUAUCUGGUGCAUUCUUGCUAUUGUACAAUAUCAUAUGUAAGAUAUGGUAUAAUUUCGAUGAUAAUAAUGGAAGGUUGGCCAUUUGGCUAUGGUUGUAAAAAGUUCUUGAUGCUUAAAAGUUAAAAACAUGUUUCUUAUUCAUUCACUUUA